AUGUCUAGAGUCGGUGAACCAUCAAGGACGCAUAGGAAUCUUGGCGGAGGCCGGCCCGCCAAUCGCGGAACACUCGGUUUCGGUGUUUUAGGGAGUGCCCCCAGCUGGAACACCAAAGCCAAAGGCAUUCAUUGGCAAGGCAUUGGCAUUGGCAGCAGCGAUAGCGACAGCGACAGCGGCAGCAGCAUUAGUUAUGGAGGGCGUGUGUCUGUGAAUGGAUGGUCCCAAGGGGUGACGACGCGCGGUGGGGCACACCUGUUCCAGAAUCGAGCAUCAAUGGACGUCCCAAUUUUGGAUCCUUGGCGGGAGAGCGUUUGGAUACGGGAGCUGGGCGUUGUCUGUGAUCCGCUCGCGUUUGAGGGAACGAGCGGCCGAUUUGGAUACGAGAAGGGGCGACGCGGAAAUGUACCUUCUCGUCAAAGACGCAUGGCGCUGGAACGGGGACGCACCGAAUUACGAGGUACUCCGUACUUCGUGCCAACUGACGCAGGUACCGCAGGCCUCGGAAUCCGACGGCGCACCAAAAGCGUGGGCUUGGAAAAGUUUUGGGUGGGAGUUACGAGAGGAGAUGAGUGGGCUAUGAUGAGAGAGAGCUAG